AUGCUCGGUCAACAGCAACAUAACCAGUAUGCUUAUCAGCAAUACAACGGUAAUAGUGCAGCGGGGACCGUCAGCAGUUAUGAAUACAGCAAUGCCCAGUCUCAAGCCCCGAAUACUCAAUCAUUAUACGCAUAUCAGCAACAACCUAAUUUUCAGCAGCAGCACUCAUACCAACAAGAUUCAAAUUGCCAAGAAACCUAUACACGCCCACCUGAUCCCUCUGCGCGCUGGUCGUGGUCGCUAUACCCUACUAGUCGAUUAGAUGGAACCCGGAUGGUGGUGCCGCUUGGUUGCAUGUACACUCCCUUGGGCAAUCUUUGCCCGGAGCUCCACUAUAAGCCGGUGGCCUGUUCGGUUUGUAACGCAAUUUUCAACCCAUACUGUGCGUUAGAUCUGGGUACACGCACUUGGAGUUGCCCAAUGUGUCUUAGUAAGAACAACCUGCCACCGAUGUACGCCCAGGGCGACGAGCCACAGAAUUGGGUUGAACUAGUGCAGGGAAGCACAACGGUAGAGUAUGUCAGUCUGGAACCGCGGCGGAGCUCCUCAACCUUCGCGUUUGUGGUUGACACCUGCCUGGACACAGAGGAAGAGGUUGAAGGCCUCAAGGACUUUCUGCGGUUGACUUUGGAAAAGAUACCGGAAAGUGCUAAUGUGUGUUUGAUCACUUACGGUGCUGCAGUUCAAUUGCAUGAGAUCAGAGGCACAACGGAAUACCCACGCAGUAUGGUGUUUCGAGGAUCACAAGAAAUAUCGCCCGCCUUUCUUGAAAAGUCCUUAUUGUUCACUGAUCGCUACGUUGCACCACUCUCAGCGUGUUCCGCUGUCUUUACUUCACUUAUCGACAACCUAUCCUGCGACCUCUGGCCAGUGGCAAAGGCGCACCGGGCCCUGCGCUGCACAGGAGCAGCUCUUUCUGCCGUAGCAAGUCUCCUUAAACUCACUUCGUCCGGGAUCGGCUCCUGUAUAUUGACGUUCAUGUCAGGGGCGUGCACCGUUGGCCCCGGCAUUGUGGUGGAUACAAGCCGCGAGCACACAAUUAGAGGUCACAGAGACAUCCGUGAUGGGACAGGAGCUGCGCGGUACUGGACGGAAUCCUGCGCCUUCUACGGUAAGCUCAUGCAACAAAUCGUUGAGCAAGGCCACGCCCUCAACUGUUUCGUUGCGAGUCUGGAUCAGAUCGGUAUUGCUGAGAUGAAACAAUGUAUUCAGGCUUCUGGUGGUGUGGUGUUGAAUUCGGAAUCCUGGCGACAGGAGCCGUUCCGAGUAUCUCUUGAGAACUUCUUCUCGCGGAGACCCUCAGACAACGCACUGCAGAUGCGACUCAACGCAACCUUUGAUGUUAUUACGUCACCAACUUGGAAAGUAUUAGGGGUCAUUGGACAAUGUAUAGGAACAGGAAAGAAAUCAGCAUCAGUGGGAGACCAUGAGAUCGGGAUGGGGGGCACGUGUCAAUGGACAACAUGCAUGCUGGACUCCUAUAGUACCUAUGCCGUUUACUUCGACGCAAGUCCGAGUCAGACCGAUGCGGCUAAGCAACUAUUCCGGUACACACAGUUCAUCACGCGCUAUGAACAAGGUAAUGAAAUUCGAACACGCGUGACGACACUUGCACACAGGCAGAUGAACAAUCCACCGAUACAAGACCUUGUCGCAGCGUUCGAUCAGGAGGCGACCGCUGUGCUUCUCGCCCGUCAAGCAAUUCAUAAUACCGAUAACAUGCCCCUCUUUGAUGUCUUACGCUGGCUAGACCGAACCCUGGUGCGCCUCGUUAGCCGUUUUGGUAAUUACACGAAGAAUCAGCCAAGCACUUUGCGUUUACCGCAAGAAUUCGUGUACUUACCUGCCUUCAUUUAUCACUUAAGACGGUCUGGCUAUCUUCAGGUAUUUAACUCAAGCCCGGACGAAAGCUCAAUUUUGUGGUUGCAGCUCUUAAAGUCACCUACGGCGGAUGCUAUCGUGCAGAUUCAACCGACGUUGUAUAGCUAUCGCAUGGAUGCGCCCCCACAGCCGGUCCCGCUUGACAGCACAGCCAUUCAGCGCGACAAUAUACUCCUGCUGGAUACCUUCUUCGAAGUGUUAGUGCACCACGGGGCAACGGUUGCGGAUUGGGAACGCGCCGGCUACGCAAAUAUGCCGGAGUAUGCCUAUUUCCGUGAAUUUCUAGAUAUCGCGUUAGCUGAUGCCAAGGCGAUUGUAGACAGCCGUUACCCUACCCCAAGGCUUAUCGUGGUCUGCCAAGACGAUCCCGAUGCGCGUAUAUUGUUCAACCGCAUCAACCCCAGUCACUCGUACUCUUCUGCAGAAAAAAAUAAGUACGGUUCACAGGAGGGGGAACUGGUGUACACCGAUGACGCAUCGCUACAGAUCUUUAUGGAACAUCUAAAAAAACUCGCUGUAUCGUCAUAG